UCCGUAAAAAGAAUGAACAAAGCGUUCUUUUAUCAGUCAAACAAGGGGAAAUCACUUUGAACACAUUACAGGCUACUGCAGCCCCUGAAGUGCACAUAUGGCCGUUUUAUCACAACCGCAAUACUCUGUAAAUGUUUGAUCGUUUCCAGGGUACAUGAAGAGUUCCCUGUAAGUGAAUCUGCCAUAACAGAUGUUUUACUAGUGAUCAGGUGGAGUCCAGUGGAGGUGAUCCUGGACAUCACACACAGGGCUGCAGAUGGAUAACAGAUGAAGGACAGGAAUGUGUAAGUUAGACGUGACCGUAAAACUUCCAGCACCUCUGCAGAUCAUAUUGCAGCUUUCUACACUGUAGAUACAUUUUCCUGUCUUUUAUCUGGACAUGUUCUGCAUUGUCUCACUCGACUAGAGGCAAAUUAUGACUAUGACAAGAUGCAAAAUGAUCACAAAGAGACAUCAAAUACCCUCAGUCUUAUAAAGUGUUGACAAAUGAUGAAUGUUGCUGAAACUAGGAGUGAAGGAGAGUUCUGAUAGGAAACAGACUGAAGGAACAGGUUUGAGGCAGACUUUGAAGUGGAUCCUCAUUUAUGAUGCCCAGUCUGAUGGGGAGACUGAAGAAGACCCUCCCCCUCUGCAGAGAAUAUACCCUCCAUCCUCUUGUACUUCAUUACUUCGUUUUGGACUGCCACUGCAGGAUGAAGACUGCUGGAGUUCUGCUCGUCUUAUCGGUGGCUCUAUGUGCCGCUCAGAUAAAGAAAAUAAGUGGGAGACCGGAGUGGGAUUUCAGAAAUGAAGCGGAGAAAGUGAACACCAAAGCAUGUUCCAACCUCACGCUGGUGUUAGACAACUGGAAAUACGCCAUCAUGACGCAGGUCAAAGAUCUGCUGCUGCACGACCACAGCACCGUGCUGCCCGACUAUGGACGGAUCCAGCCGCUGUCAGACGCUCUGGGAGAUCUGUACGGGGAGUUCAACGCCCUGAAGGAGCGCCUCUCUGAGCUCACCGUCAAGUUUGAGGGAGUGGAGGGCUUUGUGGACGACGUGCGCUCAGGAAGGAAGCCUUCACAGCCCCGAGGUGAAGCCAGACCCCAGGGGUGGCAGCCAGGGGAGGGGGGGGCUGCAGGCUUCAAUGCUGGGGGUCAAGGCAGGAGGAGGAGGGUGGUCGUUCGGAGAAUCAAGAAACCUGCAGCUUGAGAGUUCGAAUUAAGGAUGAUGACGCUUUGAGACACAGCCUCAUGCCUGGUGGGGAGCAAUGUUAUGUUUGAUGCAGGAUAUUGCUCUUAGCCUCCAAACCAGUUCAAUUAUCUCUUUCUGCUAAAGUCAGGGAAUUUAGGAAACUGACGGAUACAUUUUUAUCUACAGGUGAGGUUAUUUCCAUCUCAUUUUAGGCCUAACACUCGAAUGUUUGGAAACUAUUUUUCAUUGCUGCAAUUACAUCCCAUGUUUAAAUUGUAACACAGGAAAUAAAUCCUGAUACAAAACCCUAAAGAGAUCAAGUGAAACUGUUAGAUUUACAGUUUACACACUGCCUAUAACACGUUUUUAUUUUCGUGUUGAACUUUCUAGUAUUUUGGGGGGGGGGGCGGAGGAAACCAAUAUGACUUUUUAAUGUAUUUAUUCCUAUUGCUCAUCUUUUCUCAUUGGACUGUCUGAUAAACUUCCUGCAUAAA